CUCGAUCUUUAAGCCUUAUGCUACUCUGUAUAUUGCUUGCGUCUGACUCUUGUUUCCCGUCCCUCGCUUCCGCCUCUUGCACACUUGUGUCUCUCAAACUUCCCCGGUAUGUGACCGCCUGGGCGUUGUUGUGUCAUCACUCUGUUGCCUGUAUGUGUGCCUUGAACCUUCUCUUUAGACCUUGUUUCCUGUUUCUCUUCUCUGUAUUCCAAUGUUUAUAUCCCGUCUCUUGUUCAUUGUGUCCUUGCCUGAUCCUUGUUGGGUAUCCUGAAACCUUCCCCUGACAGCGGGGCAAGUCGAGCCAUUGUGGGUUGGGUAGAGGCUGUUGUGGUAUGCCUCGCGAUUUAGUAUUGGGAAAUUUCCGGGUCUGAUGUGUUGUGUGGAUAGAUGUAGCUGAACUUUAUCCCUUGUUCCCUUCCAGAACCGACUUCCUUGAUCUUCAAGUUAUUAGCGGCUACUGGCACUUGAAUUGAAAUUCCACUGAGAAAUCCCGCGGAGGAGCCACAACCUGCCUUAGUCACCCAACAAACACAGAGGUUCAAAGCCGGACAGCAACCUCACC